UUGAGAGGGGUUUAAGUUUAAUUUUAUAAACUUGAGGGACGCAAUUGCUAUUUUGACUCAGAGCUUAAAAUCCUAAAUUACCAUACCGCCACCUCAGUGACACCGCCGUCCACCCUCGCAAUCGCAAAAUCUCUGAUUAACUUAACAAACAGUGAACCAAAGUCUCCUUCUCAUGGCGGCCCAUUGAAACCUCCCCCGCUCAGUCGACUCAUAUCGGCAAUCAGCAUUACAUUCUUUUCCAAGCCAUGAAACUCCUACAUUCUCCUAUCUUUCGUUCAGUAUAUUCGAAAUCAUUUUCUACCUCUCGGGAAAUGGCGGUGUCCAACGAGGUCCUAAACAUCAUCGACAGAGUGGAUCCACUGGAACCAGCACUUGACGAACUAGUUCGUUUCCUGUGUCCUAAUAUUAUAUCUUUUAUUCUGGAAGAAAAACGGAAGAAUCCUGAACUGGGUUUUCGAUUUUUCAUCUGGGCUGCAAAACGUAAGCGAUUUCAGAGAUGGAUUCCGAAAAACUUAAUCGCCGAUAUGCUUUCAAAAGAUGGUGGUUUCGAUUUAUACUGGAAUGUUCUAGAUAAACUUAAGUUUUCAGGUAUACCCAUAGCUUCUAACGCUUUUGCAGCUUUGAUUUGGGGUUAUUGGAAGGUAAAUAAGGCAGAAAAGGCUAUUGAGGCUUUUAGUAGAAUGAAAGAUUUUGAUUGUAAACCUAAUAUAUAUACCUACAAUAUGAUUCUUCAUAUUGCGGUUCAAAAAGAUGCUAUUUUGUUAGCUUUAGCCGUGUAUAAUGUGAUGUUGAAGUUGAAUUCGCAGCCCAAUAGUUCUACUUUUAGCAUUUUGAUUGAUGGUUUGUGUAAGAGUGGCAGGACUCACGAUGCGCUCGCACUGUUUGAUGAAAUGACUGAAAGAGGUGUAUUGCCUAGUAAGAUUACCUAUACGGUUAUUUUAUCAGGGUUAUGUCAGGCUAAGAGAACUGAUGAUGCAUAUAGGCUGCUUAAUGUGAUGAAGACCAGAGGAUGUAAGCCGGAUUUUGUUACUUACAAUACCUUGCUUAAUGGAUUUUGUAAACUAGGUAGGGUUGAUGAAGCACAUGUACUUCUUAGGUCUUUUGAAAAAGAAGGUUAUCUAAUGGAUAUAAAGGGAUAUACAUGUCUGAUUGAUGGUUUUGUUAGAACCAAGAGAAUUGAUGAAGCACAAUCUAUCUUUAAAAAUUUGUUCGAAAAAAAUGUGGUUCCCGAUGUUGUGUUGUACACAACUAUGAUUCGGGGUUUAUCCGGUGCAGGUAGGGUGAAAGAGGCAUUGAGUUUGUUAAGAGAUAUGACAGGGAGAGGUGUGCAACCAGACACACAGUGUUAUAAUACUCUGAUCAAGGGCUUUUGUGAUAUGGGCGUCUUGGACCAAGCUCGUUCACUUCAGCUAGAAAUAUCAGAAAAUGAUUGCUUUCCAGACACUUAUACUUACUCUAUUGUUAUUUGUGGAAUGUGCAGAAAUGGCCUCGUGGAGGAGGCUAGGCAUAUUUUCAAUGAGAUGGAGAAGCUAGGAUGUUUUCCUUCUGUUGUAACUUUCAAUACUCUCAUUGAUGGUCUUUGUAAGGCCGGUGAGCUUGAGGAGGCUCAUCUAAUGUUUUACAAAAUGGAGAUAGGUAAAAACCCUUCAUUGUUUCUUCGUCUCUCUCAAGGUGCUGAUCGAGUCCUUGACAGUGCAAGCCUGCAAAAAAUGAUUGAGAAAUUGUGUGAAACAGGUAAGAUCCUUAAAGCUUACAAGCUUCUUAUGCAGUUGGCUGAUUGUGGAUUUGUACCAAAUAUAGUUACGUAUAAUAUUUUGAUCAAUGGAUUAUGCAAAUCAGGAAUAAUUAAUGGUGCUUUAAAGCUUUUUCAAGAGCUUCAAGUCAAGGGGCAUUUCCCCGAUUCAAUUACAUAUGGGACACUUAUUGAUGGUCUCCAAAGGGUUGGCAGGGUAGAUGAAUCUUUUAAACUCUUUGACCAAAUGAGCAAGAAUGGCUGCAUGCCAAGUGCAGAGGUCUACAAGUCCCUUAUGACUUGGUCCUGUAGGAGGGGACAGAUCUCUAUUGCGUUUAGCCUUUGGUUUCAGUAUUUGAGAAACCAUGCUUUUCGAGAUGGCGAAGUGAUAGGGUUAAUUGAGGAACACUUAGAGAAAGGUGAUCUGGAAAAAGUAGUUAGAGGGUUGCUUGAGUUUGACCUAAAACGGGCAGACUUUGAUUCAUCACCUUACAACAUUUGGUUGAUUGGGAUGUGUCAGGAAUGCAAGCCACACGAGGCUUUGAAGAUUUUUUCCUUACUUGUGGAGUUUCAUGUCAUGGUUUCAGCCCCAAGUUGUGUAAUGUUGAUUCAUAGUCUUUGUGAGGAAGGAAACUUGGAUCAAGCAGUUGAGGUCUUCCUGUAUACGUUGGAGAGAGGUGUCCGCUUGAUGCCACGAAUUUGCAACAAAUUGCUUCAGUCCCUUCUCCGUUCUCAAGAUAAAGCACAGCAUGCUUUUGGUCUCUUGGAAAGAAUGAGGUCUACGGGCUACAACUUAGAUGACUAUCUUCAUCGUGGUACAAGAUCUCUUUUUCGGCAAUGAAAUGGGAGGGGAACAGAGAAUCCAUCACAUGGAUAAUGUUGCUUCUCAGUUUUACCAGGAGAAUCCAUCUCAUGGACAUUGCCUAUGGAAAUAAGAUCUCUGGAAAUUCUUCUGUUGGGGUUCAUGGUAGCCUAUAUGCUGAUCUUAAGACAUCGUUGAGACAUGGAGGCAAAAGAUACCAAAUGAGUGGGAUAGUCCGUGAUGAUCAAUGGGACUUGUUUUUUGGUUUCCCUUGUUCAGUUUCUUGCUUUAGUAGAUACCAUAGUACUUUCCCCUGAUCUAUGGUCUUCUCCUAAGGAAGUAAUACCAGAUAAUACUAUGAAGUUAGACAGGGUGGCAGCAGAUAUUCCAAUAGUGCGGAGACAUCGUAGCAGCUUCCGCCAUUUGAAGCUGAUUGGAUCAGAUGGUUCUCAGCGCCAUUUUAUUGUUCAGUCAUCUUUAACACCAAAUGCCAGAAGUGAUGAGCGGAUCCUACAGCUUUUCCGUAUGAUGAAUCGGAUGUUUGAGAAGCACAUGGAGUCCCGGGCGGCACAUCUGCAUUCACACCCCUAUUAUUAUACCCGUAUGGUCACAGGUUCGCAUGGUAGAGGAUGAUUUGAUGUACAGCACUUUCCUGGAGGUUUAUGAGAACCAUUGUGCAAAAAAUGACCGAGAAGCAGACUUACCAAUCACAUUUUUGAAGAAGCAACUCAACCAAGCAAUAUCUGGAUAGAUCUCACCAGGUGCUGUUGUUGAUCUCCGUCUUCAAGCAUAUAAUGAGAUCGUAAAAAGUUUUGCCACAGAAAGCAUAUUCUCAGAGUAUAUGUUCAAAACACUCUUGAGUGGCAAUCACAAGUGGGCUCUCAAAAGCAGUUUGUAAUCCAGUUGGCACUUUCUAGUUUUAUGUUGUUCAUGCUCCAAAUUGGUGGAAGGUCUCCAAAAAAGAUAGUAUUUGCUAAAAACACCGAAAAAAUUUUCCAGAUCGAUUUCCAUCCUGCUUAUGAUGCAAAUGGAAUGAUUGAAUUUAAUGAGCCAGUGCCGUUCCUGACCAGAAAUUUGCAAGCGUUUUUCUCUCAUUUUGGAGUAGAAGGCUUAGUUGUUUCUGUCAUGUGUGCUGCUGCUCAGGCUGUGGUCUCUCCUAAACAAAGCCAGCUCUUAUGGUAUCAUCUGGCAAUUUUUUUUCGAGAUGAGUUGCUAUCUUGGUCUUGGAGAAGACCUCUUGGGAUGCCUCUGGCCACUGUUGUAUGUUCAGGUAAUCCGAACCCUGUGGACUUAAAACAAAAAGUAACUACAAAUGUUGAGAAUGUCAUUGGGCUGAUCAAUGGAAUAGCCCCUCAAUACAUCUCAGAAGAGUUAUCCACUUGUUUACUUUUUGGUGCUAUUUAUAUAGCUUUUGUGUUCCUCACCAAGUAAUUACCACUUCCCUGUUUCAAUAAAAUCAAGCAUUAGCCAUCUCCUGAGUAUUCUAUGAUUAUAUAGACAUCUGCGUGUGACUGAAGUCAUAUGCUUAGGAGAAGAAUGGCAUGGAUCCGCCACAAUGUGUGCAGAGGGGUGUAGCGGAGUUGGUUGAAGCUGCCCUUACUCCCAGGAACUUGUGCAUGAUGGAUCCGACGGCGGCAUCCUUGGUUCUGAUUUUUUUUUCUAAUUUAAUAUUUGUGUUAUGCCAACUUUUAGGUGUCUAAUAGUGUAAUGUAACAUUAAUUAGUGACUGUAUAGUCUCUUUUAUUUACCUUUAGGUGAUGCGAGCUAGAUAAGCAUAUAAAUUUCUUCCUUCAGUGUUCUUCUGAUGCUUCGCUUCCGGAGUUGGCAACCCCUUCAAGUGCAAGUGCAAGUGCAAGACACCUGGUGAUGCAGCCUCAACAACAUUGCACCCUUAAGUUCCUUGUAUAAGAAAAUCUAAACCUUUUCGAUUUGAGGUUCGAUCCAGUUAUCAUCUUGAUGACCUCUUUCAGCUUCAACUACUUUUUGUAGUGAAUGAGUGUCUGCUUUUCCAUUAGCGAUGGCUUCUUGGAUUGAUUUCUAUCUUCAUGUACUGAGGAGGUCCGCUCCUCAAGUUUUAGUUUGUGACUAACAAGAAUUUUCAAUAACAAGGGAAAAAAUUAAUCAAUA